AUUAAUGUUCUGUGUUCUUUGUGUGGAGAACCCUCACCUGAACCAAAACGCCUGGAACAAUCUGGAGAAACUGUGCCGCUCUCUGACCAAGUCGUUCAUGAACGUGUACGUGUGCACAGGGCCGCUCUACCUGCCCAGGCAGGAGGCUGAUGGGAAACUCUAUGUUAGAUACCAAGUGUUAGGACGAAACCACGUCGCCGUGCCAACGCACUUCUUCAAGGUGUUGAUCUUGGAGCAGGUGGACGGCAGAGGGGUGGAGCUUCGGUCGUACGUUUUACCAAACGAACCAAUCGAUGAGAAGAUUCCUCUUGAGCGUUUCCUGGUUCCCAUAGAAACCAUAGAGAGAGCGUCAGGACUCCAGUUUGUCCCCAACAUCAUGAAGAGGACCAGCAGCCUGCAGGCCAUCGCUGCCAUAGACUGCAGCUCCCACAAUGCACCUGUGAGUCCCUCUAUCAGUGCCAGAUAGACUACACCUCCCACAAUGCAUCUGUGCAGCACAGAUCAUCUCUGCACAUAAACUGUUUGUCCAGUGAUGACCUGUAUGGAUUAUUUUCCAUUGAUUGUUAUUGAUCUGUCUAAUAUUGAUUCUUGUUGAUCUGUUAUUGAUUAGUUAUUGAUCUGUUAUUGAUUAUUGUUACA